AUGGAAGUUUCAAAUCCGCGUAGACUUUUAACGAUUCAGCAGCCCAAUGCGGAUGCACUUGCGUUUUUGAAAGAACUCACCGGAAGUACCCCAGAACAGUCAGGCGACUCGCUAGCUGGUCUCUCGCAUAGUUGGAAGAUCAACACGCAAUAUUACACGGCGACUAUCCCGAUAUGGAUUGACGAAAUCAUCUCAGCGGAAGAGUGGUCCCGCGAGUGGCUCAAGCCCGAGGCCAAGGAAGUUUUGGAAGUCCUUGGUGCGAUUGUGUUGUGUUUCCGGACGCCUGUUUCUGUCAACGAGUUGGGUGACGUGAAAGCUUCGAUUAAAGCUAUUGGUCAAGUCGUUGGCUCGGGCUCUGGCUACUCUUGGGACGGAAUAUGUCUGGCCGUGGAGAUGCAACGGUCAAUUGCCACGACGGAUUCGGCGGUUCAGCUCCCUACUGCCGAGGAAUGGGAUGAUUCUUGCCAGGAUCACGGGUUUGAGUAUGUUGAUCUUAAUGCAAAAGGGAGGAAUGAAUUUGGUGAACCGGUUGGACUCCCCCGUGUGAUCGAAGCGCUAGAAGCCAAUGACUGGGCUGCUCCCCAGCUCGGGCUAGGAGAUGAAGACGACGAGCAUGAAGACCCAGAAGCCAAUACCGGUUUUGAUGCUGAAGCUACAGAGGUCGAAGGCGAAGUCUUUGGCCUCAAAAACGCUCUUCGGGAAGCUUUAGAAGACCAUGAUGGCCAGGCAGGGGAUGAUGAAGAAGGUCAAGUAGAGGACCUCGAUGCUCUAUUUGGACAUGUACUUGCUAUAAGGGAUUCCACUGCUCACCUUCCGCCAGAAGAGCGGAAAAAGGCAGUCAGAGACAUGCUGGGUGGUUUAUGAUCCAAGCGCGUUGAAAUCCAACAGACUGGGACCAGUUUAUUCACGGGAGAAUGAGAGGUCUUCGAUAUGCAAAUUAUGCAUUUCUCAAGAAGGGACAAGCACCAUAGCAUCAUAGCUACUUCGAGCGUAUUUGGAUGCGGAACAUCACCGCCGCACCGCCCCAACUCGAGAAACAAGAAUUGUUUCUCUUCUUAUAGGCACAAUCUGCUCUUCUUUCUCGGUUACUCCUGCUGAAAGACUUGCGGGAUACCACGUUGCUGGACCUGAACUCUAUGGCCAAAAGCAGACGUCAUUGCGGAAUGCUCACGGCAUCCUUUCUCAAC